AUGGCCUUCUACACUCAAUCCGGCCUUUCGCCACUCUUCCAACUCCUCAAUGACUACGAGACUCCCCAACAAUGCAAGUCUCGCCAAUGUCCCAAAUCCUACCAGUGCUCCAAACAAGCACGCACCUCCUCUUUCGCACCAGCCUUUGAUGUGCGCGAGUUCACAAACGCCUACCACCUCGAUGGUGAACUCCCAGGUGUGGACCAAAGCAACAUCGAGAUCGAGUUCACCGAUCCCCACACUCUCGUGAUCAAGGGCCACACAGAGCGUGACUACAUCAAUGAUGACAACGAUGCCAGUUCAAGCCGCAGCUCAUCUCCUGCAGGCUGGCACAAGCCCACAGUCGAAGACGAGGAUGCAGCAUCUACUACUAGCUCGGCCGACACUGUCGACACCGCUGCUUCCCAUCCUGUCGAGAAAGAUCAGCCUCACUUCUGGGCCAAAGAGAGGUCUGUCGGUGACUUCCAGCGCACUUUCAGCUUCACCGCGCGUGUUGAUCAGGACUCUGUUCGCGCGAGUCUGAAGAACGGUGUUUUGUCUGUUAUUGUUCCGAAAGAGGCGACUCCUUCGCCGAAGAAGAUUCGGAUUAUGUGA